GCAGGUAGAGUUCAGAUUGUGUUGGACUUGGUCGAGUGCAGCUUGUGGCGAACGUUGGAUUGGGAACCUUGGUGGAAAUAUGGCAGUGGUGAUGACAAGGAGUAUGCGAUUCAAUGCAGACAACAAAAUGGAGACCGCGGCAGCUGCAAAGAAGGUUGGACUGUUGAAGCCACAGCAAAGAAAUGCUUUGGGGGAUAUCGGGAACAACCUGACCAGAGCCAAAGCAGCCUUAAAAAAGGAAAGCAAAGCUUUAAGAACUGUUGUGGAAAAGAUUGCCAAGCAAGCUCCUGUGGAGGAGGAAAAGCCUGUGCCCCUGAGCCCAAUGGACACUUCCGGUUCUUCUCCAAUGGAAGAGCAAAGUGAAGCUUUCUCGGAUGCUCUACUGCAGGUGAAGGAUGUGGAUGAAGAUGAUGCUGACAAUCCCAUGCUGUGUAGUGAUUAUGUGAAGGAUAUCUACUGCUACCUGAGAGACCUGGAGGCUGAACGUGCAGUCCGGCCAGACUACCUCAAGGGUAAAGAGAUAACUGGAAAUAUGAGGGCAAUCCUCGUUGACUGGCUGGUUCAAGUUCACUUGCGGUUCAAGCUGCUCCAGGAGACCAUGUUCAUGACCGUUUCAAUUUUGGACAGAUUUUUACAGGUAAACCCUGUGCCAAAGAAAUCACUGCAGCUCGCUGGGGUGUCUGCCAUGUUCAUUGCAUCUAAAUAUGAAGAGAUCUAUUGUCCCACGAUUGGAGACUUCUCAUUUGUUACUGAUCACACCUUUACAAAGAGCCAGAUCAGAAACAUGGAGAUGCAGAUUCUAACCAUUUUGAAUUUUGACAUUGGAAAGCCUUUACCACUUCACUUUCUAAGGAGAGCAUCAAAGAUUGGGGAGGUAGAUGCUGCUUUGCAUACCCUGGCAAAGUAUCUUAUAGAACUUUCUAUGGUGGACUACGAAAUGGUGCACUUCCCACCUUCACAAGUAGCAGCUGCAGCCUUCUGCCUGUCUCAGAAGGUUUUAGAUGGAGGGGAAUGGACUCCAACUCUACAGCACUAUAUGGGCUACAGUGAGAGCAGUCUCAUUCCAGUCAUGCGGCACUUGGCAAAGAAUGUCCUGAAGGUUAACGGGGGGCUCACAAAGUUUAUGUCUGUCAGAGACAAGUAUGCCAAGAGCCAGCAAAUGAGGAUCAGCUGUUUACCACAACUCAAUUCAGAUUUCAUGGUGAAACUUGCCAAAAAUGUAUGAAUGUAAAUCCUGUACUAUAUACACUGCAAUGCUCUUAACUUUUUAGUUUUUAAAUUUUUAAUAAAUGCUCUCCAUCUAAA